CGAGUUGGUUCGAGAAAUAUCGGGUUACAUAAUAAGCAAAAGACCGUUGGACAAAUUUCUAAACUUGUUCAUCAAACGUAACGAACUACUGCCAAACAAUUUUCCUUUCGAUCAAAUUAAAGGAAAAAACAACACUGGAUUAAAAUAAGCAAACUAACCCUUUUGAACAAAUUGCCAAAGCUCUGUCGCUAAAAGAAGUUUUUAACCUCUGAAAAGAAGAACACAAGAGAAAGAAAAGAAAAAACGAAGAGGACAAUGGAUUCUGGUCUGUCCUGGGCUGAUCAAUGGGACAACAACCCCGACCCGCCGCCAUCGGGAUCAUCCGACAAGGACAAGAAGAAGGGCAAGGAUGGAUCGAAGAGUAGCUUCGGGAAGGCGAUUUUGAGCUUCAAGUGGGUGGAGAAGCUCAAGAAGAAAACUCAGAAAGAAGAUGGGCAAUAAAACACUACACUGUUGAACAAUGUAGCUUCUUCCAGCAAUAUAUAUUGUCACUAACCAGUUAACCCCAUUUGUCUUCAUAUUUUCUGUUGAAAAAAAUGGUUUAAUGCUAAAAAAAUUCAAUUAA